CCGGAGGGCGGGGAGGCACGGACGGAGGUAGAAGCGGCUGAGACGAGUGUGGAGGUGAAGGGGAAACGGAAGCGGUUGAGCCGACCGCUCCGCAGACUGCACGCAGCGCGAGAUGCGUCGACACGAAGCGUGGCGGUGGGUGCUGGGAGCGCUUCUGUGCGUGGCGGUUUGUGGAGCCAGCGACCCGACCGCCCGCCCUAGGAUUUUGAGCUCCAUCACGCGUCCACAGAAUCUGAGCUGCAAGGCCGCCGAGGGCGUGGACUUCGAGUUCUUCACCCAACUCCUCCAUGGCCCCAAACACGUGCUCAAGAUACUUAUAAAGGAUGAUUACGAUGUUACCUUAUUGCCGCCAGAUCCGACACCACCGCCAACUCCACCUACUCAACCUCCAUCUCCACCCACAACUCCAUUCAUUUCUUUACCGCCAUCCUUGCCACCAGUGAAAACAACAAUAGCUUCAAGAACAACACCACGUCCGAUUACAACAACUCUGAGAACAGCAGCAAAACCAAGUAUAACAACCGGGAUUCCAAUGGUGCCAUCAUCUGCCAGGUCUACGUAUGUUUUUGAAGAAAGCGACGACGACUGGGACUACAUCCAAGGCUUAGUACCUCCCUCCAAUGGAGAUCCGGGGUUGCUGGCUUACGAGCGCUUGCGCCAUCAGAUCAGGACCUUAAUGCAAGAAUCCGAAAGAGCCAAAAAGGCGAUGGAGUUGUUCUGCGCUGAAGCUGCUAAAGAAGAUAAUACCGUCAUUGAAUCAGACGGGAGCCUGCAUCCGAGUUACGAAGAGGUGCCGGGCGUGGGCGUGUACCGGCUGCACGCGCGCCCGCGCUCGUGGGAGGAGGCGCGGAAGGCGUGCGAGCGCGAGGGCGCGCAGCUGGCCGUGCCCAACUCGCGCACGGAGGCGCUGGCGCUCAUGGACAUCCACAACCGCUGCCCGCGCCUGUUGCCCACGCACUUCAAUGACUACCAGUACCUCGGCGUGCACGACCUCUACUCCGAGGGCGACUGGGAGACAGUCGUUGGAUACCCUCUGAACGAGACUGGCUACGUGAAUUGGGCGAAGAACCAACCCGACAACACUCACCAGCACGGAGAAAAUUGUCUGUCGAUGAACCGAAACGGCUUCUUCAAUGAUGUUCCUUGCUGGACAGAACUUCCUUUUAUCUGUGAACAUCCCUAGACACUUUAAAAACCCCACCUUCGUAUUUACUACUAGACACUUCCGAAUAAAAUUAUGAAUUUGUAGGUAACUGUCACAUCACUGUUUGUCUUGUAAAUAAUAGUAAAUAAUUUGAAAUUAGGAAGCAUACAGCAUAUUAAGUAGCAAUUUUAUAAAUAUUGUUUCUUGGAAAUACUGGGUAACGUAAUUAUGCUUAUACAUUACUUUGAACAUGGUUGGGAUAAAAUACUAGAUUUGGCUACGGAGCUAUUAUUACUGAUUGCGAUGAUUUUAUUACUGUUUAUACUAAUGCGAUAAAUGAGACCUUGUAAGUUUUAACACUUUAUAUUCCAAUAUAAUCUGUAAUCGUUAAUUUAUUUUGGUUUACCAGUAAAGAAAAAUUAAUGACGAUGAAGCUAAAUAGAUUUGGUUCAUUUUCACUUAAUGGUUCUUAAUAUCAUAGCUACGCAAUAAAAAAUACGUAAACCAAAUAAUAAAUCAAUGUCGUGACUUAUCAUUUAUUCAGUUAUCUAUUCUUGAGUUUUGUUACUUUUUUCAGAAAGAACUGAUCUGUGGUGCAACAAGUCGGGGAAACCAAUCACUUAAUGUCUGUAAUACUUCGGUUAAAUUUGUUGUAUUCAAUAAAAGUGUAUGAGACUACAACAAACGUUUUAAAAAAAUUAUUAAGUCAACAAAAAUAACACAAAUUUAGCCAAUGCAUGUGAUACCUCAACAAAUAUCAAUAUCAAAUAAUAUAUAAUUAUUCUAAAGCAAAAGAUCUAAAAAUAAAUCAUGCUUUCUGGUAAAAAUAGUAAGAUGUUACUGUUCACACUUCCCAUCAGUGUUGUUUAAUAUAUAUUUCAUGGAAAUACGCAUAUCAUUUUAAGAAUAUGAGUUGUGGAGAAGAAGAAAAAUUCACAAAAAUUAUUUGUAUUAUUGCAUGGUAUAAUACAUAUUUAGGUCAAUAAAAUAAUUAGAGCAAUGAAAAUCCUUACUUUGAACUCAAUAAAUUAUAUAUUAAGUGUAAUACAAAGAGUUACGACAAACAGUAGUCACAAUUAUCACGAUACUGCACUUUUGCUUUAUGAUUUUCUUCAUCUCGCAGCCAUUAAAUAUAUUUUUAAUAAUCAAAUCUGUCAGGUUUGAGAAGCGCAUUGAUAAAUUGGUAAUGCCCGGGAGAUUGGCGUUAUAGCCAAGUGUUCACGUUUCCUCUAGAUUCAUUUUUGAAUACUGUUCGUAAUGUGGCCAACACAAAAAUUAUUUAAGAAUCUGAUAAAAUAAAAUUACUAAGUUCUAUAAUUAUUGAGUAUCUGUAUUAUCAAGUCUGUAAAUAAUUAAAUUAUAAAAUAUUGUCGGAGAAAAAAAAUUCAAUUGUUCGUUUUUAAAGUGACCAGGUCUUGUGUAACCAAUUACGUCAGGAAAAAUUAUGCUGAACUCUAAUGAAAAGAGGUUCAAAUGCUUUCAAACAGACAUUUGUUUAUUACUAUAUCAAUUGAAAACGUAUGACUUUUGUUCAUUGUGUUCAAUAUGUCAGACAAAAUAUUGUUCAAAGGGAAAUGGGGUUAUUGAAUUUACCAAUCCUCUUACAAUUUCAAUUACAUUUACCUCGAAAAGAUGUAGAUAUUGUUGGUUUCCAAGCCCUAAAUUGAAGAGGGAACCCCUUCAGAAAUACAAACUUUUUGGUACAGUAGGCAAUUUGAUCAACAAUUAUUUUUUAGAUACAUUUUUGUACAUUUUCGUAGAAUACUUUAUAAUAAAAUCCCACCAGUGGCUGCUCUAAGCAAUUUCUUAUUUUCGCUUUUAGGGAAACCUAAAGUUACAUUUAUCUUUACCCUUAGUAAUUGAUUACAACACAAACCAAAAAAAGUAUUUUAUCAAUUCAACACAUUCGAUGUCACUAAAAAUCUAUUUCCUAAUACCUUUGUGUAUUCCUACUCCACCCCAGUAGCUCAACUGAAUGGCGCACUGAUCCUAAGGGGUGAUGGUUUGAGUCCAGUGUAAGAUAUCAUGCAACUGUGGUGUGAAAAGCAAUGACAAUCUAUUAUAUACCUCGUAUUAACAUAACAGAAAAUAUUAAUCAUUCUCUAAUCAAUUCAUCAUUUUUUAGAGUGAAAGUAUUAAAGCUGCCUCACGGCACAAUGCAAAAUAAUAAUACCGCACUGAAUGUAUACAAAAUUUAUAAUCUCUCAAUCUCACCCAUUUUCUCGUAGUUUUGGAUCAAAAAUAAUCAUUUCGAGUAUUUUUUGCUUUGGGGGUUUCAUUAAGAACAUUGAGACCAUUUUAUCUAUCAAAUUUUCAGCUUUGCUGGUUAACUUAAAAUGUAACAUUUUCCAGAUGCGAGGAUACUUUCAUUGCGUCCUGAGGACUGAGGAGUGCAAGGAGUCUUGAGAUAUUGCCAUUUGAUUUCAAACUAUUAAUCACAUUGGUUCUUCGUGAUUAAUAAUUUUAAAAUCCAAUUUCAUUUGUUAGUUUUUUCACACUAAUAAAGUUCCUAACCGACUUUAUAAAUACACGAACGAAUGCCUCAUUUAUCAAUUAAUGUCAUGUUAAAUAAAUCAUGUAUUUCGCCCAAACCAUCUUCAAUUAUUAUUUCUUUCUGGCCUUGAACUAACAAAUGUCUAAUAUGAAUUAAUUUAUUAGUAACUGCUUUACCUCGUUACAUGUUCAAUUCGCUUACCCACUCGCACCUUACCUUUCUUAGAUUAGUAGUAAAGUCAUUGAUAAAAUAGGAUGAGAAAAUAAAACAAAAAUAUGUUCAUGGCCUUCACACAAUUUUCUUCCCCCUGGCAGUUUGGUUUGCGCGUCAUUCAAGUGUUCUUUCAUAUGUACUAAAUGUGUGUAAUAAAUAAACUUAAAUAUACAAACCAUAUUGUACCUAUGACAGAAACGCACGUAAAAUAAAACUACCCGA